AUGAAGAUCCUUCCAAAAAUGAAUGCUGUUCAUUUUCUUUUGCUCUUCUGUAUCAAUCUGUUGCUUCCAUUUUUGUCUGAUGGUAUAGAACCAAAUAUUGAUAAAUUGAAAGGCGAAUUUGAUUGUUUUUCUUCUGAAGUGUUGAACAAUAAAGUAGUUAGCGAUGAAGGAGUGUAUUCAGAUAAAGGGGAUGAGUUCUAUGCAAUCGCUCCAAACAACAUGAAUAAGAAUAUCACAUUCCAAAUAAAUAUAAAUAAAUACCGUGAAGACUUAUUGCCAGACUCUGAAAAACAAGUAGAUGCUAUAGUUGAACGUGUUCCGCAAAAAGUUGAAUCUUGCGAAAAUAAAACUAAAAAAAUGUUUUCUCAUGAUUGCUCUACAAGUGAAGAGGACAUUAAAUGCAAAUAUCUUAAAACGAAGGAUGAAAUGGAAUGUAACACUACAUUUACAAUGACCUGUGAAAUUGAUUACAAACAAAUUGAAGGAAAACAAUACGGUCUUCUUACGUUUAAAAUUCAAAGAAAAUACGAGGAACCAUGCAUUGUUCAAUUUUCAACAAAUGAACAAAAUGAAACAAUUACAACAAAUAUUCAAACUUCUAAAAGUAUUUAUACUUCACCUCCAUCAAUUCCAUCAUCAACAGUUAUUGUCAGUAGUAAACCAACCAAAAAAGAACUUUCAUUUUCUGACUGUUUAACAGAUAUUAUUUUAAUUAUUUUGGUUGUUGUAUUAAUUUUGUUAUUGCCAAUUAUAUUGUUUUUAAUCUUUUAUAAGCCAAAACCUGUCAAAGUUGUUGGAAAAGAAGAAGAAACAACAAUUGUGGUAGAAGAUGGAAUGACAGAACAAGAAAGUGUUAAAACUAAACAAGAGAAAGAACAUGGUAAAUUUAUGGCUGUAAAAACUAUUGCAAUGGAGUCUGAUCAAGCUGAUUCUGCUGAAGAUUUAGGCCAAACAGGUCUUACAAAUAUUGCUGAUAAUUCGGAAAUAAGUGAAAGGCCAGAAAAAGUUCAACAUAAUGAGGAAGAAGACAAAAAAAGUGAAGCGAGAGGUGUGGGAACGGAUACAGAGCAACAUAAUGAAGAACAACGUAGAAGCAGAGAUGGUGUCGAAGUGCCAGAAACUAUUAUCCACACACCAACGGAACAUGGAGGAGUGGAACAGGGAGUGGAAGUUCCUCUAUAUGAAGAAAUGUAAAGAAAGGAAUUUCCGUAGCUUAAUUAUAAUAAUAAAAUAAGUAUAUAAUUUAAUAGGGUUAAUUAUUGUUCCUAAUAGUAUUUAUAUAUUGUUGUAGAUAAUUUCUAGUUGUUUGUAAAUAAAUAUUACUUGUAAGUUUAUUAUUUAUCGUUCUAGAAAUUAUAAAAUUUACAUACAAUCUAAACAAGAUCACGUCGACAUUAGUCACAGGUUAAGGUUAACAUCUUUAAAAAAUAUUUUUUUGAAUAAAGAUAGAAAAUUGGGGGGUAUUAAAUAAUGAAAAACAAACAAUUUUUUGUAAAAGCGAAUUUUUGUAAUAUGUUAGCACUAAAAUCUGGGAAGUUUUCAUGAGCAAUAUAAAAGAUAAAAGUGAGAAUAAUUAAACAAAGAGUAAUUAAAUUAAAAACUGUCUUUAGUUGUCGUUGUUUUAAGGAUCCCAAAAAUUUCAGAGUUUGGAACAAUUUUGUGGAAUGGAUUUUUAGUUGUUUUGUGAUAAAAAGAUAUUAACCAAUAAGGUUAGAAACUCUCAAGUUCCAAACUCUUUCCACAAUUUGAGCAACAAAUUUUACCAUGAAAAAGUAAUAUACA